AUGCCAUUACCACCGGCAUUAGCCGCACGCUUAGCUAAACGAGGGAUAAUAAAACAAAAUACAGAAGUAGUAAAUGAUACUUCAACGAAUCAAGUAAAUGAAGAAAUAAUCGCAGAAGAUUACGAUAGUAAACCUGAGGAGUUGAGCACCAAAGAACACUUUUGGGAAGGUAUAGAAGGUGUCAAUGUUGACCCUAUAAAGGGACAUAAAGGUUGUCCAAAUAAAAGUAAUAUCUAUCAUGAGUGUUCCAAAUAUUGUGUUAAAACUUGGAAGCAAGGCAAACCAGUUCCAGAUGAAAAAUAUUUGGAAAAAAAGAAAAAAGUGUUAGAAUUAUGGCCUUUGCCACCUGGAUGGGAGGAAGUAUAUGAUGAAGGUACUGGACAUUAUUAUUUUUGGAAUGUUCAUAAUAAUCUUGUUUCAUGGAUGCCGCCAUCGCAUCCUCGAGCUGCGCCCAGUGAGUGUGCUGCUCACUUACGUGAAGAGAGAUUGUUACGUGAAGGAGACGAAAGUGAUGAUAGUAGUGAUGCAUCAGAUCAAGAAGUACCUCAACAACACUAUAAAGAAAAACGCCAUGACCGCAAAGAUAGAGAGAGGGAAAUGGUACACCACAGAGAUAAAAGGAAGCACAGAGUAAAAGAUAAUGAUUUAGAUCCAAUGGAUCCAGCAUCAUAUUCAGAUAUUCCUAGAGGCAACUGGACUGCAGGAUUAGAUGCUCAUGCUAAAACUGGUGUGGAUUCUACUGCUUCAGGAUCUUUGUAUCAAAUGAGACCUUACCCUGCUCCAGGUGCAAUUCUAGCUGCCAAUGCCAAACAAAGUUCUCCACCACUUUCCCCACAA